AGGUAGGGCAGGCCAGUGCAGGAGGAGUUGUUCAAUCCGCUGGCGAGAAAGCUGGGCCGGCGGGAGUAGGAGGGGUUGUGCGGCUGGAGGCGGGGCGGACUCAGUGGGCCGGUGGCCCACCUGGGUCCUGUCAGAGUUGGAGGUGGUCCGCGGCUCUCUGUUGGUUCAGCUCCCGUAGCUCUGGCGGAAUCUGCGCGAUGGGUGACCCGGAAAGGCCGGAAGCGGCCAGGCCCGAGGUGGAUGAGAGGUUGUCUUCAGAUUCCAAUGACAAUGAAGUGAAGUCAAAUGAAGAGCCACUCCUACGAAAGAGUUCUCGCCGAUUUGUCAUCUUUCCAAUCCAGUACCCUGACAUUUGGAAAAUGUACAAAAAGGCACAGGCAUCCUUCUGGACAGCAGAAGAGGUUGACUUAUCAAAGGAUCUCCCUCACUGGAACAAGCUUAAAUCUGAUGAGAAGUAUUUUAUCUCUCACAUAUUAGCCUUUUUUGCAGCCAGUGAUGGCAUUGUGAAUGAAAACUUGGUGGAGCGCUUUAGUCAGGAAGUACAGGUUCCAGAGGCUCGCUGUUUCUAUGGCUUUCAAAUUCUCAUCGAGAAUGUUCACUCAGAGAUGUACAGUUUGCUAAUAGACACAUACAUCAGAGAUCCCAAGAAAAGAGAAUUUUUAUUUAAUGCAAUUGAAACAAUGCCAUAUGUUAAGAAAAAAGCAGAUUGGGCCCUACGAUGGAUAGCAGAUAGAAAAUCUACUUUUGGGGAAAGAGUGGUGGCUUUUGCUGCUGUAGAAGGGAUUUUCUUCUCGGGAUCUUUCGCUGCUAUAUUCUGGCUGAAGAAAAGAGGUCUUAUGCCUGGACUCACUUUUUCCAAUGAACUCAUCAGCAGAGAUGAAGGACUUCACUGUGACUUUGCUUGCCUGAUGUUUCAAUACUUAGUAAAUAAGCCUUCAGAAGUAAGGGUCAGGGAGAUCAUUGUUAACGCUGUUGAAAUUGAGCAGGAGUUUCUAACAGAAGCCUUGCCAGUUGGUCUCAUUGGAAUGAAUUGUGUUUUGAUGAAACAAUAUAUCGAGUUUGUAGCUGACAGAUUACUUGUGGAACUUGGAUUCUCAAAGGUUUUUCAGGCAGAAAAUCCCUUUGAUUUUAUGGAAAACAUUUCUUUGGAAGGAAAAACAAAUUUCUUUGAGAAACGAGUUGCAGAGUAUCAACGUUUUGCAGUUAUGGCAGAAACUACAGAUAAUGUCUUCACCUUGGAUGCAGACUUUUAGAACUCUCCCCAUAUAUAAACCCAUCACUGGUAAAUAGCAGUCUGUUUUUUCUCUGCUUAAAAAAAAGGUAUCUCCUUUAGGGAAUAAAAGUUUGCUUAAAAGGAAAUCCAAAACCAAAUUUCAAUUAAGUUGGAUUUAUAUAAAUAGACUCUAAUUUUCCUAUUUAACAAUAAGAGUGUGACUUCAAUUCUAUUGUUUUGUCACUAAAAUAUAAGAUGGUGUUAUGUAGUGAUUAAGAUCAUGAGGUGAGGGGUCAGAUUCGAGAUUCUGCCCUUACUACUUUGUGUGAUCCUUGGCAAGUCAGUUAAUCUCUCUAAAUCUCAGUGUAAUAAUCUUUAAAAUGAGUGUAAUAGUAGGCCCUAAAUUUAUCAUGUGAAUAUGAGGAUUAAGCCACAAAACAAGUGCUUAGCUUCCGCCACCACCACCAUCACCACCACCACUACUUAUUAAUAGUGUUAAUUAUGGCGGUAUUGUGAUAAAAUGCCCCCCAUCCUCAAAGUAAUUGUGAUUCUAGGUCCUAAGAUCUAGAAUUAGAUCUUUAUAUUUUUAAUGUUUGAGGAAGAAGUAAUGAUUUCAUUUAAAAAUUAUAAUUCUCGUUAACUUGAGAAUUGCUUCUUUGAAUCCCUCAGCAUGAGUAAAGGAAAUUUGUUCUUAGUUACUUCGGGCAGGAUUCUUAAUGAAGUGGAAUCCAGGAGAUUAUCCUGGUAGUUGACCUUAUAAGUAAAAUGAUUCAGCUCCUUUAGAAAUCAAACAGGUAACGAUUGCCAGACCUAGCCCUGAAAUGUUGAAAGUCUGAGUGAAUUAACUAGAAUAGCAUUUCCCCAAGAGUGUUCUAAGAGCUGUUAGCCCCCCUAGAUAUUUUGUGGGGGGAAAUGGGAUUCUGUGGUCAGAUGAGCCUGGGAAAUGCUUAUUCUCCCUUCUUCCUCUUUGAAAUGUAUGGUCAGUACAUCAAAGAGAAAUUCUGUCGUACAUAAGCUAUUUUCUCCCUCCAUAUCUCAGACUUAACACAGAUCUGUAAUUUAUCUGCUAACAUCUCACCUAACUAGUAUUCCUCUGAAUACAGCUUGGGAAAAGUUGGUCUAGAACCAUUUCAUACACAGAGGAAGGACUUGAGGACUAGGCAAAGGAUCUGAUGGGGAUUACUGAACCAUUCGUGUUUGUGCCAAGCUGAGUAAGGUACCCGAGACUGACUUCAGCUCUGCUUCUUUAAUACUCUUCAAACUCUUUUAUGCUGCUACAAGGCAGAGUCCUAAUAAUAGAACUCUGCAUCCUGUACCAUAGCAGAUGUGAGGGAGACAAAGGCUCUGCAGAGGAGACAGUGAGGAAAGGCCACGGGCCCCUCUUUAUCAUUAGGAAGAGUCAAGAGGUAGCCUGAGCUCCCAGAACAGUGCAGUCCCCACUUACAUCAAACUACUUUAUGACAUUUGCAACCUAGAAUUUAGAGAUUUUUCGCUUUGCAUACGUUUUUGCUCCAUUCAUUCAGCAAUGUUCUAAUUGACUAAAACUGGGACUUCUCAAGUGGAUGCAAGAGGAGCAGGUCAUAACCUUGUUAGGGAGACUGUCAGAGGCCUACGAUGUUUCGGCCUGUGACAGCGCCAUUUGUUCGGUUUGUUCAGUGCUUCAUGGUUGGCCAGCUGUUUUUACAUCAUCUCACGUGAUCACACCACAGCCUUAUGAGCUUGACAGCUGAUACGGACAUUUUACUGGUGGGAGAGGGUGAGGCUCAGAGAAAUUAAAUGACUUGGCCAAGGUGGGCUCUUAUCACUGUCCCUACAGUAGGAUUCUUUUUCCUUAGAGAUGUCAUCUUUCUUAUAUUUAGUCCUUUACAUUCAUCUUGAUGUGAUUUUGCCUAUUUUCUCCUUCAGGUAGCAUGUACUUUAUUAAGGCGUUAUGUAAAUUAUUUACCUACAUCAGGUAGUAUGCUCCAAGAUGUGUAUACUAUUAUACAAAAACUUUACAUUAUAAAUUGAGGAUAUCUGCAACAAUAUCAGAAUGAAAGGAAAAAAGUUUUCAGUGCAUAUUCCCUUUGUCUUGAAUCCAGGUCUUUCUCCUAGAUCAUGACAGGUGCCUUACUAUGAGCUUAUUUAUAGUAGCAAUAAACCUAAUUGUACUGAGAUGAAGAAGUUUUAAUACUGAAAUACUGGAUUUUUAAUACACUGGUUUAUUAUAUUUCGUGUUCUAUCGUCUUUUCCAGGCCUCUAGGUUGCAUAUUUAUUUAUUACAUUUAGUAUUUUGGUCCUUAGGUCUUAAGGAAUGAGGAAAUUGUAGAAUUGCUUUUUUUAUAUUAUCUCACAGGUAAAGAAAUUCAGAGUAUGUUUACAACUUUUUUUUUUAAUAGCACAUGUACUUAAAUCAUUGCUAUAGUAAAGCCAAGUUCAUCAUUUAGGAAUAUAAAAACUUGUAGUUCAUGACAGAUAGCACUUAUUAAAAAUACUUCCUUGUAGUAUGCAGAAUGAUGACUUGCAAGGACUUGGGAAGACAGUUUGACCCAGUGCUUUCAGACAAGGCUAUUUUGUUGUUCAGUUACACACGAUAAUAAACAAUUAUUUUUACCUCUCAGCUUACUCAAA